CCUCCCCCUCGCAGAGCACUCAAUGUCGGAACGUUCCGAAGAUGACGUCGGAGCGUUCUCGAAUCCCGUGUCUCUCGGCUGCUGCUGCCGAAGGAACAGGGAAAAAGCAACAAGAAGGAACAGCAAUGGCGACACUGCACCGCAAAGUGCCCAGUCCGGAGGCGUUUCUGGGCAAACCCUGGUCCUCCUGGAUCGACGCCGCCAAAUUACACUGCUCCGACAAUGUAGAUUUAGAAGAGGCUGGAAAAGAGGGUGGCAAAAGCAGGGAGGUUAUGAGGCUUAAUAAAGAAGAUAUGCACUUGUUUGGCCACUAUCCGGCACACGAUGACUUCUAUCUGGUCGUCUGCAGCGCCUGCAAUCAGGUCAUCAAGCCGCAGGUCUUCCAGUCGCACUGCGAGAGAAGACACAGUUCAAUGUGCAGGCCUUCUCCCUCUCCGGCGUCUCCAGCCUCCAAUGCCCGGACAUCGUUAGCACAGGCAAAGACGAAAGCCUGUCUCAGCGGCCAUAACGCUGUCAGCAGCACCUCUAAGCCAUUUAAAACGCCCAAAGACAAUCUACUUACCUCCAGCAGCAAACAGCACACAGUCUUCUCUGCAAAGGGGCCAAGGGAUAAACCAUGCGUUCCAGUUCCGGUAGUCAGUUUAGAGAAAAUUCCUAACCUAGUGAAGGCAGAUGGUGCCAAUGUCAAAAUGAACCCUACGACCACGACUGCAGCCACUUCCUCCUCUGCUGUCUCCACCCCACCGUUAAUUAAGCCUGCCUUGAUGUCCAAGCCGGUGCCACCGUCACCAGAGAAGAUCUUAAACGGCAAGGCGGUUCUCUCGGCCGCUCUAGACAAGAAGCACCCAAACGGCGCCAAAACCAGCAACAAGCCUUACCGGAGACUCUCAGAGAGAGAAUUUGACCCAAAUAAACACUGUGGAGUAUUGGAUCCCGAGACAAAGAAACCUUGCACAAGAUCCCUCACCUGCAAGACCCACUCGCUGAGCCACCGCAGAGCAGUCCCAGGCCGGAGAAAGCAAUUUGACCUCCUCUUGGCGGAACACAAAGCCAAGUCGCGGGAGAAAGAAGUGAAAGAGCACCUCCUGACUUCCGCUAGGGAAAUACUUCCAAACCCGCCGCCGGGACCAGUGCCCGACACUCUGCAAGGGUCUUCCGGAAACGCGGUGGCAGAGCCCAAAGUACCAUCCCCACCAAAAGCCAGGCCGCUCAACUCUGUACUUCCUAGGAAACUGCCGUUGGCCCACCCUUCCCGGCAUCGUGGGAGGACCGCUUCUUGGUGGCAUGGAAUCGGUGGCUCUGAUUUCCUCAAGAAAACCCAUGUCUUCUUCCCUCCCGCCCUUAGACCGCCAUCUGCAAACAGCUUAAGUAGCAGUGCAUCUUCGAAUCAGAGCGCCUGCACCCCGGAGCCCCCUCCGCCCCCAGCUGGAGGCGACCUCGCCAGCCGACUGUCCAGUGAUGAAGGGGAGAUGGACGGAGCCGAGGAGUCCGAGAAGUUAGACUGUCAGUUCUCCGCGCACCACCCCAGACCUCUCGCGUUCUGCUCUUUCGGGAGUCGCCUCAUGGGACGAGGGUACUAUGUCUUUGAUAGAAGAUGGGACCGGUUUCGGUUCGCACUAAACUCCAUGGUAGAGAAACACUUGAAUUCACAGAUGUGGAAGCACAGAAGCCCGAGCCACCGGGCAUCAGGUCCCUCCCCUCUGUUCAGGACUUGCCUAACCAAUCUGCUGUCACUGAGCAACAUUGGGGCUGCCUGGGUGUCAACCCUGGAGAGCGUAGCACCCCGCUGCCCUCUCGGCCUCGGGGCCCAAACUCCAGGCCCUGAUGGGCCCGAACCUGGAGGGAUGGCAGCCGAUGGGGGCAUGGAAGACAUUAGGAAGAAAAGGAACGGCCAAGACUCUUUUUUCUUUAACAAGCACUUAACUCUGCGUCAGGAGCCGCCAACACAGUAUUCUCUUUCAGCCAGGAAGAUCCCUCCUGCGGCAGAUAGCCCCAUGCCCUCGCCAGCAGCCCACAUCACCACCCCUGUUCCAGCAUCCGUUUUGCAGCCUUUCAGCAACCCCGGUGCUGUGUAUCUUCCUUCAGCUCCCAUCAGCUCGAGACUCACCUCUUCUUACAUCAUGACAUCCGCCAUGCUCUCAGACGCGGCUUUUGUGGCAUCGCCGGACCCACGCGUCCUCAUGUCCCACACCACAGCUUUUCCCCAUGUGGCUGCAACCCUCAGCAUCAUGGACUCAACCUUCAAGGCCCCCUCCGCCGUGUCCCCGAUACCAGCUGUCAUUCCUUCCCCGUCCCACAAGCCAUCCAAAACCAAAACCAGCAAAUCCUCAAAAGUCAAAGACCUGUCAGCUCGUAGUAGCGAGGAAUCUCCAAGUAACAGAAAGAGGAAGCCGCAGUCUUCAACUUCCUCCUCCUCCUCCUCCUUGUCCUUGCAGGCUUCCUUCUCAUCCCCAUUGCCAGGGCCCCACAGAAAGAACUGCGUUUUGAACGCCAGUUCCUCCUUGAACUCCUAUCAGGCAGCCCCUCCCUACAACAGUCUGUCUGUGCACACAAACAACGGGGUGAGCCCACUCAGUGCCAAGCUGGAGCCCUCAGGACGGACCUCACUGCCCAGCAGCCCCAUGGACAUAGUGAGACAGGUGGGCGCUGUGGGUGGCAGCAGUGGCCCCUGUCCCCUCUCUGUGCCCUCCCUUGCGCUCCACGCGGGGGACCUCUCUCUGGCCUCACACAACGCCGUGUCUUCUCUGCCCCUCUCUUUUGACAAAUCAGAAGGAAAAAAGCGUAAGAAUUCAAGCCCUAGUAGCAAAGCCUGUAAGAUCACUAAAAUGCCUGGUAUGAAUAGUGUCCACAAAAAGAACCCACCCAGCCUUCUUGCACCGGUGCCCGAUCCCGUUAACAGCACCUCCUCUCGGCAGGUUGGAAAAAAUAGCAGCCUAGCUUUGUCCCAAUCCAGCCCUGCAAGCCUAUCCAGCCCAGGACACAGCCGUCAGAAGAACACAAGCAGAAUGGGCAGGAUAAGGGCUCUUCCCUAACAAGAUGGUGAAGCCACUUCGAACCAGUCCCGGUGGACAUCCUCCCCAGGAGACUAAGUCGGGAGAAGGGAGGUCUGUGGGGGGAGUGAUUCCUGGACGCUGCUUGUGGCUCUGGCAUUUCUUCUUCUAAUUCUUUUUUUUUUUUAACAUGGAUAUUUAAUAGAAAGAAAGAAAGAAAGAAAGAAAGAAAGAAAGAAAGAAAGAAAGAAAUGAAAGACAAGGCAAAAGAGCCUGAAUGGGAGAUUUACUGAAAGUGUUUUCUCUGUUUUCACUUGUCAUGUCUUAUACAUUCUUCCAUAUUCGGGGUUACCCCCCUUCCUCCUGAUGCUGCUAGUGCACCGUCAUUUUGCUCCUGAGCACAGAGGUGCAAACUGUCGGUUCCGGUUCCGGGUUCCGGUUCCAGGUUGGCACCCACGGAAGCUCUUGAACUUUUAGCGCUUGCAGAGCUCACGCUCUCCCGAGUCCUCUCCCACCCUGCCCUUCCUCUCCACCUCUGGGUCACUGUGCUCCGGAGGCCAUCGGAAGCUGCUAGCUCCCACCCACCGGCAGCUCUGGACCACACGCUGGGGAGGAGCCUGUGCUUGGAGGUGCACUGUGGGGUGGGAGUGGACCUUCCCCAGCGCUCCUUGUCCAGAGCCAAAUGCCAGCCACUAGAGUGAGGUCAGUGGCCCUUUCAUGGUGUGGCUUCCUCAAUGCCAAGGCCCAGCUGUGCAGAAAAGAUUCACCGGGUCAGGUAGAAGGGUAAAAGGGUAGAAGGGACCUGAGAUGGUGAGAACCCCAUGAUUGUGAUGGUCAGAGCUUGUCUGGAAUAUACUCUGGAGAGUUCGUUCCAAGCAGGGCACAGUGCACAGUUUCCUAAAGCUGGGUCAGCCAGAGACAGAAAGCCCACAGGACCUAGGGAAGUCACUUCAUAAGGUGACACUGUGGCCAUAGCUCCUGAAAAUGCUUGAGAUAUCGGGAAGGUUCUGGGGCCAGGAAGGGUCCUCCAGAGACAAGUCUGGUUGCGUGGAGGUUUUGUGCCAAACUCCUUGUGGGAAUAAGAACUAUUAUUGGUUACAAACCCACACCCUAGAUAAGCUUGCCCUCCAUCCUCAGGCACUCCAACUCAGACAGACCAGCCAGAGAUAGAGAAGAGGUGUGGGCAGGGAGGCACCGGAGCACCACGGCUAUUAAGCCCUUCACGUUGGAGUCUUGAAAGAAACAGCAGCUCCAAUGGGGAAUGAGAAAGAGAGUUUGGUACACGGAACAGGUACUCCGGCUUUGAUCUGCCAGACGCCCGCCCACCCGCGCCAUCCUGAAAUCAGAAGUGAACGCUAGUUUCGCAGCUGGGCACACCCCCGUCCCUCCCCAAAGACGCCAUUCCCAUUCCUCUUCUCCCAACCCAAAGAUCAGACUACUGUUAAGUCUCACCACAGAGUUGGAAUCUGCAAAGAUGGGAGGAGAAAGGAGUGAUGUCCGUCAUUGGACUUGCACUGACAGUGUUUCUUACAGGAUUCUUAAAUUUUUAAAUAGAAAAUGAAGAUUUUUUUUUUUUAAGUCGGGAGUUGACGUUAAGCACCAGGACAUUGGUUGGGUUAUUUUGUUUUUCUUUCUCCAGUGUUAAAAGUGCACUUAUAUGCUGGUCAAUUUACGUCGGGGUGGGGGUGGGGGCUGCAAAUUUAAGGGGUGAUUGUUACGUUUUUGUUUGGGGGGGGUAUUUGUUGUUUUUUAAGGUUAAGGCAGAUUUUAAGACUUAUAAAUGUUUAAGAAAUUAUAAACAAGGUUAGAUCCAUUGAAAAAAAGUUUAGAAGAUAUUCUUAAAGUAAAUUUUUAUAGUGUUAAUUUUGUAAUAAUUUAUGUUUUACUAUAUUACAGAGCUAACUGACCAGAAUAGUUUCAGAAACAAUAUGAAACUUCGGAAAGUUUGAGCAAUGUUUAUAUUUUUAAAAUGUUCUUUGAAUUAUGUUUUUAUUGUACAUUUCUUCAGACUCAAAAGUGUGUAUAUAUCUUUGUUAUUUUUGCACAAUUUUUGUCUUGUUCGGUUUUAGAUGUCUUGUUUUAUAUAUAUAUAAAUAAUAUAAAUAUAAAUACAUAAUUUAUUUUGAGUUGUAAAACUUGCGGGAUUAAAAACAAAACAAGUCUCAGCAACAAAAUAAGCCUCUGGCCCCUAAACUCUUCUAUUCAGAGAGGGAAACCGAAGGUUGUGAGGUGACAUGCUGCUUCCAAGGAACCGCGACUUCACAGAGGCGGAGGGAGCAAGCAGGCUUCAGCAAGGUCCGCCCUGGGUCUUGCACCGGAAGCCGCAAUAAAGAGGCUCUCCACCUAAUGCUGCUUACUUUCUUGAGAGACCGCUUUGACCAAAAGGUGAGGACGAUUCCAGAAAACUGAGCAAAAAGGGAAAAACCCCGGUAUCUCUUCGUUCACAAUUAGCCCCGAGUUUACGUUUUGAUGUAUUUUAAUAAACGCUUGUAGCUAGGAAAAAAACUAAUGGAAUGCAAAGAAAAGAUUUCCUGUGUUUGUUCUCAUGGAUUCCACUGGACCAACACCUACCGCAUCAGGAGAGUCGUCCCUUCCGGUCUUUCUGUUCCCCACACCCCACUCAGCCUUCCGUCUCGGCCCCUUGGCUGCUCACACCCCUGUCUGCCUGAGGAGCUCCUGACUCGUCUCAGCCUCCACAUAGACCUGUCAGCCAUAUAAAAUUUAAAAAUCAAAAAAUCGAGUUGGAUAACUUGUAUGCCUUCUUUUGUAUCAAUGUACCAACUGUAAAUAACGCUGAUCAGCCUUUGUAGGAAAUAGUUUAUACAGCGUAUUCUAUUAUUGCUGAUUCUCAGUGAACUCUUGUUAAAAAAAAAAAGGAAAAAAGGAAAUUUUCUAUUUACACCUUAUAUUUUGUUAUGCCGUCAGCCCAUGGCACUUUAACGAAACUCUGUGGGUUUUAUGUAGCUGGUCAGUCAUGGGGUGAAUUAAAUAACCAUUGUUGCACAGACUAGAAUUUGCACCUGUCCAUUUGUCCUUUCCUACUAACCAAUUUUAGAAGCUUUUCCAGAAGAAUUUUGAAGAGAGCAUGUCUGAUCCUACUCAACCAAGGCUACACUCGUGGCGUGGGUUUCUUUUCUAUGAUCCGCGUUUUGUAACACUAAGCAUUUCCCUCCGUCAUCCCGCACCUUUACGGAUUAGCACUAUCAGAUAGAAUCCAUUCCAUGCCUGUGACGUUGUAAGCAAAUACGUGUCCGAAGUAGGUGUAAAUAGUAAACUCUAUGGCUUACAGGUUUUCAAAGAGAGAACGAAACUGUAUCUGUGAUCCUGCUGUAGUCUGCACCAGGUCUGGAAGCUUUUUUCCACUGAACGAUUGUAUUUUUUUUUUUUUUGCUUUUUUUUUUUUUGUA